CUAAAGCUGGUGCUGUCUUUGGCGUCGUUGGCGCAGUUGCAAACGUGAGCGCGAAGCGUGUGAACGUGAUUUUGAUUUUCGGCCUGGGACUUGGGACUUCCUUCUCCACACGGUCUUGCAGCGGUUACACUGGGAAAAGCCAGAGAGCCCAGCACGAAAGCGGGGCACCAGAGGUCGCGGAAAACUGCAUCCCAUCCAAGCCGAGCGAAAACUCUGUGUGUAGUUAAAUGAAAAUAUGGAUUUUACCGCUAAUUGUUAUCCCGAAUGUGUAUGUGGAUGUGAUCCCGAGUGUGCGACACUUUCGUCAGCUGCUGAUCGGCGGACGGACAUAUAGGCCGUUCCACUCCGAGCAAUAAUUUCCGCCGCGUAGUGUCUUUGUCCAACAUUGCCGAAUCCUUGACAGAUUUCUAUUUGCCAUUAAGUUUUGCAUUUGCCAUUCGCCAUUUGCCAUUUGCCAUUCGGCAUUCGGCAUUGGGAGAGUGUCAAUCGAGUGAAAGUGAACAAUGAAGCGCACCCAAAUGGAUAGGCGGUUGCGGAUCACACAGCUAAUAACGGACGAUGUCAUCCUAUGUCUACUGCUGGUCGUAAUGGUAGCCCUGCCCAUUGUCGCCACAGGCUUCGGCUUCGACUCGGCCAACUCUUGCACACCCAAUGGCAAGAUGUCGCGUCGCGGCAGAGCCCAGAUGCUGGCGGCCAUUCCCUGCGAUCUGGGGAAGCAGGCCUUCUGCCAUCUGCCCGGAACCGCGUAUCCCUGGCAUGCAGUGCGGCGAUUUGUGCAUGAGAACCAGGGACUGAUGAAGCGCAUGUACGGGGAUGUGCGACACAUAUCCAUACUGCGCGAUGAGAUCCAGAACAACGAGGUGGAUGACGAUGAUAUGGAGGACACCGCUGAGCGUUACAGCAAGGAUGGAGGACGUCGCAGCGCCAAGUAUCUGAUGCAUGGUCGGGAUAGGGAUCGGGAUCGGGAUCGUGAUCGUGACCGGGAUGACUUUGUGAGCUACAAAGGGAACGAUGUGCUCAUGGAGCCGCACUUCCGACCAGUUUCCACGACCACGACGACGACUACAAAGGGAACGACAACAACGGAGGCGCCAUCCACCACCAGUACCACGGCCAGAAGCUCCACCUCCAGCCCCACGACAUUGCCACCCACCUCCACCUCGAAUUCAACCAGUACGAGCACCACAGCUGCUGCUCCUCUUGAGAAUCCCCCAGUAGUUCCCAAUCCGGACUCGAACAGUGUCUACGAGGUUCCCAUCUCAACGAGCACCAGCACCACUCCAUCGCCGGGCAGUGCGGGGACUGGGGACAACAUCCAAAUCAUCGACUCGCCUCAGUUGGGCUUGCGGAAUCUCAGCAGCGAGGUGCAGGCGGAUGCUCCGACACCCACGACUCUCAGGCCCACCACAGGGCCCAAUAAAAGCUCCGCAGCCACGGCCAGUCGGAGGAGAAAGCCUGCAGAAGCCGCCACCAUUUCGGCCACUCUGAGGGCUGUGCCCACGACGACAACCACAGCGGCUCCAAGCACCACAGCCACCGUGCUGAUACGUCGCAAUGCGACCAAAUCCUCGCCUGCAAUCUCCCCAUCGGUGACUACGCCCGUCAGCUUUGCUUCCCUGUUCUCCGGCUCUUCGACAGGCUUCAGUCCGGAGAAGCAGCGUAGGCCGCUGACCACCAGCACCACAGCAGCGCCCACGCCAGCUCCAGCGCCAGGACCAGGACCAGCUCUUGUUCCAGCUCAGACAGGAGCCGCAACAAAAGCGGGACUGGUGCGCGAGGGUCAACUCUUUCAGGAUGCCAUGAAGCAGGAGCCAGUGGCGGUGAGCAGCAACAUGCGCGGAGUCAAUGCCUGUCCGGUGAAGGAUGAGGUGGUGGCCCCUUUUUGGGCGAACAACACACGCGGUGAGGUCCUGGCCCUGCUCAAUCUGUAUCCGUUCGAGCAGUACGUCCACUGGGAGAAGUGCACCCAGGAGUUCAAGCAGAUGUUCUGCCGCGAUGGCUGCCGCUGCGAGCAGCAGUAUCGGCUGCAUCGUCUGCUCGCCUACGAUCCGCACAACGAGUGCCGCGGCAUCUUCUCCGACUGGUUCCGCUUCCCCUCCAGCUGCAUCUGCAAGUGCUACAACAUACCGAUGGAGUUCCGGGCCACCUCACGCAGUCCACGCUCCGACAGCAGCUUCGAUGCGCCGCAGGAGCGACUGGCACCGAGGGCGGACCCCAUUGAGGCCGCAGAGGCUGAGGUGCAGCGAGCCAUCUACGAUCAUGCCACCGAGGAGUGGUAUAGGCCACGCGAUGAUUUCGACUUCUUCGAUGGAUAGUUCCCAGAGAGCAUGAAUCCAUCAAUUGUACAGUAGCUGAAUAGAAUAUUUCUUUUAGAUUUAAUGGAGUACCCGCACCCUCCCGCAAGAUCUUUCAGUCUCACUUUCCAGCUAGUCUAAGGGCUACGAACAUUAAUAGCACCCAUUUGAAUAGCAUAAUCAUAGCAUUUAGAUUAUCGUUUAAGCGUGGGCACUAUGUCAUUGUAAAUAUAGGCAGACAUAGUGCCCGAUUUAGCCAACACUUUGAAGAGCGAAUGUACCUUGAAAUACUUUUUGAACAUAUCGCGGCCCACGUGCCGUG